AUGGCGGACGUCGUACAGUACAAGCUGGAGCGAAUGCUGAAUGAGCUGGACGAUUUAGAGCGGCGUGGUUUGUUUAAUCGGCGGGAGAUAGCCGAGAUAGUGAAGCAGCGCCGGAAGUUCGAGUAUCGGCUGAAGAGGCCGAGUCCGUUGAAAGAAGAUUUUGUGGCUUACAUUGACUAUGAAAAGAGGCUGGACGAGUUGCGGCUUCUACGAAAGAAAGCAAUGUUGAAGCAAAGCGGCGGGAAGAGCAAAAAUUGGAAGAAAUCAGUGUCGGACUCCGCCGGAACAGCGAGAAUCGUUGAUAUAUAUCGGCUGGCUACAACUAGAUUUAAGGGAGAUAUUCAGCUCUGA